CCUGGCACGGGUGUGGAAAGCAGCUGUCGAUGGAGCUUCACUUCGGUACACGUUUGCUGUUGUGCACAGUAAAAGGGGGCGGUGAAUAGUUCCACUAAACCCCCUUCGUAUUGUUUAUUAUUUUUUUCUUUCUUUACCUAGCUACUUUACACAUCCUUUUCCAAGACCUAGCUCUUUUUUAUUUAAUUUUUUUCCCCCGUAACAUGGCUGCUCUCUCAGCCUGGUUUUGGAGCGAGGAUUUCUGGCUUCCUCACAACGUGAGCUGGGCGGACCUGGCGAAACCCGCGCCCGGGGUGGACUACCCAAGAGCCGGACACUUACUCAAUGCCUUCCCGCUGGCCUUGGGCAUAUUCGCUGUUAGGAUAUUUUUCGAAAGGUUCAUCGCAGGUCCUUUAGCACACGUCCUCCACAUCCAGGCCGAGGUGAGCCGGAGAGCUCAGCCAAAUGCGGUCCUAGAGAAAGUGUUUACAUCCAUCUCAAAGUGUCCAGAUGCACGUCAGUUAGACGGUUUGUCUAAGCAGCUAGACUGGGAGGUGAGGAAGAUCCAGCGAUGGUUUCGUCAUCGGCGGAAUCAGGACAAACCCAGCACGAGGACCAAGUUCUGUGAGAGCAUGUGGAGGUUUACAUUUUAUCUGGGUAUAUUUACCUAUGGGUUCUGCUUUCUAUGGCAGUCUCCCUGGAUGUGGGACACGCGACAGUGCUGGUACAAUUACCCCUUUCAGGCCCUCAGUCCUGGCCUGUACCACUACUAUGUGACAGAGCUGGCCUUCUAUUGGUCUCUCAUGUUCUCCCAGUUUACAGACAUUAAAAGAAAGGACUUCCUGAUUAUGUUUGUGCAUCACCUGGCCACUGUGAGCCUGAUCAGCUUCUCAUAUGUGAACAACAUGGUGCGUGUGGGCAGCCUGGUCAUGUGUGUGCACGACGCCUCCGACUUCCUCUUGGAGGCUGCCAAGCUAGCCAAUUAUGCCAAAUAUCAGCGACUGUGUGACUUCCUGUUUGUGGUAUUUGGUGCAGCCUUUUUUGGGACAAGGCUCAUCAUUUAUCCUUUUUGGAUCCUGAACAGUACAAUGUUCGAGAGCUGGGAGAUCAUCGGGCCAUACCCCUCGUGGUGGCUCUUUAACAUUCUGCUGCUGGUGCUGCAGGUGCUGCACAUCAUCUGGUCCUACCUCAUAGCACGCAUCGCCUUCAAAGCCCUCAUGAGAGGAAAGGUCUCCAAAGACGUGCGUAGCGAUAUCGAGAGCAGCUCUGACGAAGAGCCCGAAACGACUCCCACCCACACAGCCUCAGCCAAACGGGAAAACGGCACCAAUGGACAUUUCGGAUCCCAGCCCUGGACCCAGAAAGACGAGAGCUGGUGACACUGAGACACUCCAUUAGCCAUUCACCAGAACUGAUAUUCCUGCAUCUCUUAAUUCCACUCCUCCAUUCAGUUCCUGACCAAACUAUAAAAUACAAUGAAGCACUGUAUACACAUUCCCCAGGUUUUUACAUACUUUGAGUUGACAUGGUGUUUAAUGUUGACGAUGAUGAUGAUGAAGUGCUGAAUCGUUUUGGCUGUAUAGACACUGAUGCUACAGAGACAGACAACAGUGAUUUGAUUUAUUUUGGUUUUUCCAUUAUCUUGUUUCAGAAGCAGAAGUGUCCUCACUUUCUUCCGAAAUCUUCAUGUUUUACUGAAGUCAGGAAGGAAAUCCUUUCCCUUUACACUUACUCUUUCUGUGUUUGAUGUACUUGACCUGUUUUUUGUUGUUGUUGUUUUUUUUUUACGCAUUUCACCAUUCGGUUACUCCUGCUUUGUCUUUUUCCCAUUAUGCUCGAUUUUUAUUCAGAAACGAAAGAAGUUUAUUAAAAUAUGACUUGAUCGCUUCACACUGAGAGAUGCUUUGGUACUCCGUUAUGACAUGUAGUCAGUUGCCGGCAUAGUAAGUACUAGAUUUACUAGUUUUACCUCAUCUCAGUGCAAAAAGAUUAUAAUUAACCGUUGGCCCAUUCACUACAAAUGCAGGCAGUCGAUCAGCUCAGUGAUGUUGGUGUUCAUUUGUUUUAGUGCUUCCACUGGGAUUGAUGUUUGGAUUCCUGAAAGCUCAAGGGGUGGAGCUUAACCAGAUCCAAUGCCUCCAAUCAUCCUAGUCCUUAAUCCUAACCCUUAUGAGAUUAUGUACACACUUGUCCAGCUAAAAACAUACUGACAUGUCUCCACCCAGGUGAAUCAGAACAUCUAAACUGGACAGUUCGUUCUACAGCCAGGGGUACAUGUCAGUAAUGUCACACUGAUGUGCUUUAGGAUAUACUGAUUGGCAUUUCUAUAUUCUAUUGUCCAUAAUAUGUUUGUACACUAUGAUGAGUUGGCACUCCAUCCUACUUCGUGCCCUGACUCCCCUGGGAAUAGACUCCAGACUCCCUGUGACCCUGUGUACGAUACUGUUAACAGCUGGAAUUUGAUUGCUUGUUAGGUUAAAAAAAAAAGAAAAAAAAAGCAGAUGUUGGACACCAAACAUGUCUCUGCUGAUCAGCUACAUUUAACAAUUUGCCAAGAAAAUCCUUUAAAUUUCAUUUACGCCGACAUUUUAAAGCACGCUUUAUUAAUUCCCGAUGUUUUAGGAUUUUGUACUGUACAAAGCUCUGCAUCUGAGGUCAGUUAAUUACAAAAGAGUGCACUAUUGAUAUGUCGGAUUCUGAGGCAGCGAUGUUAGACGUGUUCGUCUCCCCUCAUGUGUUGUGAUCGGUCUAGUGUGAAAGAUGUAAAGUAGACAACAAUUCCAUGUUAUUUAAAAGCUGUGUCUAUGCAAUACACCUUGAACGUGCACAAGUGUACAAGGAUUAAAGCUGACUAGUUUGGAA